UCUCGCGAGUUUUCACUUACAUUUUAAACGCGGGAGCCAUCCGCUAAAGACUGAACGUUAUGCCAUGGAUUCUGUAGAUGAGGAUCUGUCUGCUCGAAUUCUCCUGCAAAAUGUAAUUCAAACGGAGUCCUCCAGGUCCCCAAUUACCCGCAGUGCCUCCCAGGCUCAGUUCCAGUCCCCUGUGUCCAGAGUCAGACAUAGUAUCAGACUAAGGAGGAGUGAUGUUGGGGCCCUUACCCCACAGGAGGCCCUCAAACAGAGCAUCAAAAAGAAGCUUCGUGAGAGCACUUCCAGGUCUUCCCUGCCAGAGCCACCCAGUAAGAGGUGGGCUGUAUCAGAGGGAGUCGGGAAGAUAAACACGCCUGCACCAGCCACAGCCUCACUUCUCUAUGACGAUGACAUCACACCUAGAUACCUACUCAGGGGGAUCCUGCAGACAGAGCCGGAGACAUCCCUUCUGGUUCAGGACCGGCCAGUCAGGAAGGAGCCAGAGCUGUCCUCCACAAACUCCAGUCUUCACAGCAACCGCCCAAGUACAGGGCUGUCUGACUUGGAUCUCCAUGACAUGACCACCACAGUAAACCUGUCAAAUACGGUGAAGGGACUAAGCAGGAAGCGACCAUGUCGGAGUCUCAACAUAACAGCAUUCAACAGGCAGCUUGAACAUGAAGAAAAAGACCUCUCAUCCCUGUCUUCUGCCUCUCCAAGCUCUAUCACCUUCUCUCUGAAAACACCCUUUAUGGACAUUCGGACUGAGAAAAGGAGAUUUCAAAGGAAGGUAGCAAAUCGUAAAAAAAUUUGCCCUGAGGAGUUUGACGAGGCCCUACGGAAUCGACAGGCGGCAAUGGGUGGAGGCCCUGAGCUGAGUGUUAGGGAGGAUCAACAGGGUCUCAGUGAGACUGUUCGUUCUGAGGGGUUCACCUUGGGACUGAGUGACCUCACCGCUCCUGACAUCACCCAUGACAUCAUCACCAGCAAAACAGAGCUCUACGCCCCGCCUGAUGGCACAGCAACAACCUUCACUAUCGCCACCCAGGACAAAGACACCAUCACAGGCACACAGAUCCAGCGAGAAAUGGGAGGAAUGAAGGAUGAGGAGGAGAAAGAUAUGGAGGUGGUAGGGGAACAAAAUGAGUACACGAUGGAAAUAGACAACAAAGAUGGAGAGGAUUUGGCUGUUGAUGCUGGGCAGAGAGAGGCCUUGGUGAGACAGCAGGAGUCCAAAUCACAGACCGAAGAGGUAGCUGACUCCCGGACAGGAGAAGAUGAGGAGCUGGCUAAAUCUCAAACAGAAGGAGAGGUAGCCGAGUCUCCGACAGAAGGAGCGGUAGCCGAGUCUCCGACAGAAGGAGCGGUAGCCGAGUCUCCGACAGAAGGAGCGGUAGCCGAGUCUCCGACAGAAGGAGCGGUAGCCGAGUCUCCGACAGAAGGAGCGGUAGCCGAGUCUCCGACAGAAGGAGCGGUAGCCGAGUCUCCGACAGAAGGAGCGGUAGCCGAGUCUCCGACAGAAGGAGCGGUAGCCGAGUCUCCGACAGAAGGAGCGGUAGCCGAGUCUCCGACAGAAGGAGCGGUAGCCGAGUCUCCGACAGAAGGAGCGGUAGCCGAGUCUCCGACAGAAGGAGCGGUAGCCGAGUCUCCGACAGAAGGAGCGGUAGCCGAGUCUCCGACAGAAGGAGCGGUAGCCGAGUCUCCGACAGAAGGAGCGGUAGCCGAGUCUCCGACAGAAGGAGCGGUAGCCGAGUCUCCGACAGAAGGAGCGGUAGCCGAGUCUCCGACAGAAGGAGCGGUAGCCGAGUCUCCGACAGAAGGAGCGGUAGCCGAGUCUCCGACAGAAGGAGAGGUAGCCGAGUCUCCGACAGAAGGAGAGGUAGCCGAGUCUCCGACAGAAGGAGAGGUAGCCGAGUCUCCGACAGAAGGAGAGGAGGAGGAGAUGACUGAAUCUCAGACAGAAGAUGUAGCAGAUGAAGGGAGACAGGUAGUGGAAAAAGGCUUGACAUCACAGAGUUUCGUACACAACGCGAUGCACAUCAGUCGGAGAGCUUAUUGCUCAGAGGGUGGUGUCAAGGUUGCUGGAGUGAUGGAAGGAGGGAGGGGCUACAAGAGCAUGGGAGCAGAGCUCCAUCCUACAGAGACUGGGUGCGCAGGCAGAAGGUCAGAGGGGGAUCCUGCUGGUGAGUGGCACAGCGGGCCGGAGGUGGGAGCUAGUGAGAGCGCCCACAGCCGCACAGUAACCCUUGGCAGCGCCCCUCCCUCCCCGUUGCCCCAGGAAGAUGAGCUGGAAGGUUUGAGUAGAACAGGCACCAGCCUUGGAAAUGAGGAGAUGGAGAACUCAAUGCCUUCUUUAGAGAUGACCUUUGUACCUGAGAACAAUGCCCCUCAUAGUAGCAUUUCAUCCCUGCACCCCAUCACUGCCCAGAGCCCAGCUGACCAUGAAGAGGACUGGGAUGAUGUGGAAGAGGGGGAUGGUAUCCAGAGUGAAGAGCUGUCCAUGAAGACACCUGCGUUUGUCAGAGAGAAGAGGAAUGCUCUGCCUAUUGACCCCCUGGCCUCACCUACUAUUCUCAAAGACCUUCAACCAAGUGUUUCGGCCGGUGCUGCAGCUGCGGUGAAGCCCAAAGCGGUGAGGGGAAAGCGGACUGGAUCGGCCAAGAAGGAUCCUGGUCUCUCUAAGAGCUACAUCAUGAGCGUGUUCAAACACUUUGCCAAGACCAAGGUGUCUACAGAUGUCUACCCUGUCCUAAAGGAGAUAAUGGAGCUCUACUUUGACCGACUAGCUGAUGACAUGAUGUUUGCUGCUCACGCCAAGAGGAAGACCAUUGAGGUAGAGGAUGUAGAGCUGCUGAUGCGGAGACAGGGGUUUGUGACUGACAGCAUGCCAGUCAAUGUGUUGAUUGAGAAAUAUCUCCCAAUGGAAUCCCGGAAGCUCCUCAUUCCUAUGGCAACAAGUGGUAACUACGUCAUUCCCAAACCGGGGAGAAAAUGACUAGCCUAUAGUGAAAAUGAUGUUUUAUAUUUUAUUGAAUAUCUAUUAACAGCUGUUAAUUUAUUAUUUGUAGACACUCAUUCAAACACAGCCAGGACAAGACCAUGUAACCUGGUGUAAAUGUGUUUUUGAUUGAAUAUGGCUUCGUCUUUUGUUUUGUUUGUUUAUAUUUGUCAAAUAUUACUACAAUAAAAUGUAUUUGAUUUAA